AUGGAGUUGGCGCAUCGGGCACAUUGGGCGAUCAAGACGGUCAACGCGGAUUAUGAUGAGGCGGGUAAGUUGAGAAAGUUGCAAUUGAGCGAGAUAGAAGAGAUUCGAGAUGAGGCGUACGAAUGUGCAUCGGCCUAUAAAGAUAAACUCAAGAAAGUGCAUGAUGCGAAAUUGAGAAAGAAAACAUUCGAAGUGGGGCAGAAGGUUUGGUUGUAUAAUUCAAGAUUGAAGAUGUUCGCGGGCAAGCUUAAAAGCAAAUGGAUGGGUCCGUAUGUCAUUCGGAGAGUUGGGCGAUUUGGUGAUGUAGACAUCCAAGACGAGCAAACAUUGAAACAACAAACGGUGAACGGUCACCGCUUGAAGCCAUACUUGGAGGGAAACGACAUCAAUAACUUGGAGCUUGACAAAGCGGGCUACAUCUUACGCCCGACCGAUGAAGAACAACCAUGA